AUGGCAACAGAGGCUUCGCAAUCGUCGGGACACUCUCCCUCGGAGAACACAGGCUCCCUACAGCUGCCAUGGCAUGCCAUUCCACGCUUCACACCAGGAACCACAGAUGUUACAGAGUACAGUGGCAAACUGGAGUUUCUUGCGGCUAUGUGGCCUCGAGAGCACAUGGCUCUUCUGGCCCCGCGUGCAGCCCUCUUGACAGAGGGAACUGCGUUCAAGAAAGUCUCGAAGCUUGAUGCGGCAAAACUGAAGUCUACCGACGACUCUGGAAUCCGACUUUUGGUGUCUACCCUGGGAGGGUCCUGGGGCAAGACAGCGCUGGAGACCAAGUAUGAUUGCUUUGAGAAGGCGAUUUACGGCACCUUGCAGAAGAGCGAUGAGUCCAACGACAGUUAUUUGGCCCGGCAUGAUGUUCACUUCGAGGAGCUUCUAUCCCAAGGCAUCAAACUCGAGGAGGUUCGAGCGUACAUCUUGUUGCGACAGUCACAGUUGUCAUCCGAGGACCGGAAGAAGAUUGUGGUAGAGAUGGGAGGUACCUUGAGCUACGAGAAGGUAUGCAGUGCCAUUCGUUUGCUGGGAUCGAGGUUCUUUGCUGACCUUCAAGGCCACAGGACAGCCAGAACGAAAGUGUACGACGCCAACUACGUGGAAGAGCCAACUCCUGAGGACACCGAGCGAGCCUUUCAGGCCAGUGUGACAGGACACGUGGAGGAAGCCGAGACAGAGCUCGACCAGGAGUACCUUGACGCGCUCAUCGCCGCGGACGAUCCCGAUGCCACCCAGAUCCAAGCAUUCGAGGAGGAACUUGAAACCUUCUUCCAAGAUGUGCCAGCCUUGCAAGAUGCACUUGUGAGUUACCUUGAAGCGCGAGGCAGACUUCUAGCCAAAAAACGAUCUCGCGGCUUUUGGCCCAUCGCCAAAGGCUCCAAGAGUGGUGGCAAGCCGAGCAAGGGCGCCGGCAAGCACAAAGGAAAAGGAUCCAAGGAAGCACUUCUUCAGAGGAUUGCGAAAAGCCACUGCCGCAAUUGCGGGCAGCGUGGGCAUUGGAAGGCUGAGUGUCCUCGCAAAAUCAAUGCCGCUACCAAGAAUGCUGGGGAGACGUUGAAUGUUGAGGAGACGUUCGCCACCGAGACCAUCAUGCCAAAUGACCCAGAGGUCAUGUCAAGCGUGCCCGAGGAAGCGCUUUCCUUGGAAGAGGUUGCCCUCCCGCAAGACUCCCCUGCGCAUGCUCCCAAGUCCCAGGAUCCCACCUCGACCUACACAGUCGAACAAUUGGAAUCCCUGGACAUGCAGACUCUAGGGCAGUUCCAAGUGGAUUUUGGAAAGAAGAUGGUCGGAAAGACCUUCGCAGAGGCCCUGGAGAGCAGUCCCGAAUGGGGCAAGUGGUGCUGCGAUCAUCUUCAGGACAGUGCCAAAGUGAAGCAUCGUGCUCUGCUGAUCUACAUUCGCAAGUAUGUCGAACAGGCAGAGGCAAUCGAGGCCGUGCUGCAAAGCUCACCUUCGGACACAGAUCCACACGAUCCCAGGACCCGGGGCAGCUCCGCCAAGGCAGCGCCCAAGAGCAAGCCCAAGGUGGCCGCGAAGCCAUCGCAAGCUUCCGCGGAAGACCCGUGGGACGUGAUCUCAGCGAUCGAGCCAGACGGUUCAGUCGUGGAGGAUCAGGUGAACGCCCUCGCUGGCCGGAUGAAUCACAUGGAACAGAUCAUGGAGCAGGUCCUCGGGGCAAUUCAGCAGCUGCAUGUGCACUGGGAUAAGCAAGAGGUGGAAGACCAUGCCCGAAGCCUUGUCCAACGGCAAGCCACAGCAAAUGAGCUGAAGAGAUUCCUGCGUUCUGUGCCCUGGCACCUGCUGGAUGCAUCGCCUGCAAGCUUGACCGCGUCCUCUCCGACAGAUACCUUGAAGGAACCCGCCUAUCUUACGUUUGGCUCUUUUCGGCAUGGGGGUGUUCAGGGAAUUACUCGGGUGUCAAAAGAGUUCCCCUGGGUAACGCAAGCUCUUACUCGUGUUCUUCGGUUGACGGACCCUCAGCAUCCCUUCACCACCGUGGCCAUAUCGUGCAACACCUCUGCCCCACCGCAUCGCGAUGUCCAUAAUCUUUCGGGGACCUCCAACUUAGUGGUUCCUCUGAACUACCCGUCCAACGGCGGAGAAGUGUGGUCUGCAGACAAGGCGCAUCCUCACCAGAGGGAGCACGUUGUCGAAUGCAAUCGUCAGCCACUGGUAGGCUUUUCAUUGAAGACAGCGGAAAGAGCAUCUGUGAGUGAUGCAGAGUGGCUUCGACAACAUGGUUUUCCGGAGUCAGCCGAUGCGCCCGCCAACUGUGUAGAUGAGCGUCCCAAUUCUGAACUGCCAUCUCCUCUCCGAUGCGAGCUGACAACUGCUUCCUCACUGACGUCUUCCGAUGUCACCAGCAUUGCCCAAGAUGCUGCCGUGGCCUGUGCCAAUGCGUACGCACGUGCCGAGGACGCUGCCUGGGCUGUCUACCAAGAUUCCCAACUCAGUUACGGGGUUCCGAAAGGAAAGCAGUUAGAUCUCUUAGAAGUGUAUGCCUAUGACAACAGCCAACUUACGUCAUGGGUCAAUAGGCUAGGAGGUAAAGCAAGACGCUUCACAAGAACCGAUGGGGACCUUUCGUCUCCAGAGGGUCAACGACGGUUAUGGGACAUCAUUCAACAGGAACAGCCCAGGCACAUCUGGAUGGCUCCUGAGUGCCGUCUCUGGUGCUCAUGGACCAACCUUCACUUUGCCAGACACUUUCCAAUCACUUGCGGGCCGCCGGCGCUGAUCCAUCGCUUGUUCAAGCAGCGCUCGAGUACCAGUGUGAUUCCUGCCUGGAAUCUGUGGAGCCUCGACUCCAACGUCCAAGCAAGCUCUCUGCUGGAGUUGCGAUGCAUGGCGCGCAAAGCGUUCUGGGAGGCUGACAACUCCCAAACGAUACGAAGGGCAAUGCUUCGCCGAUCGCAUCCCAUGAGAGGUGGAGCCAAUGCGUUCCGCGAUCUCAUGGAUUCUGCCGUGCCUGAAGCCGCAGCCCCUUCCGUGCCUUCUGCCCUGCCAAGCAGUGAAGCUGUUGAUCCAAUGAGUGUUCCUGUUCCUGAGUCGGAUGAUGGACUGGUUAGCGAAAACAUUUUUCUAGCUUGUGAAAAUAUUGGAAUUUCAGAGGCAGACGGUAAUGAACUUGUUGCUUUUACGCACGUGGAGACGUCUGAGGAAGCGCAGGGUCCACCCCUUGCUGAAGACGGGUUUCCCUACAUCACACAACCCCUUGAAUGUGGAGAGCAACAAGCUUACUGCUUGGAAAUACCAAUGAAUGCCAAAAACUAUCGCAAAUGUCUCCGUGAAGAUGCCCGAGAGCAGAUGACUCUCUUAGCUUCCAUCAGCAAACGAUCCCGGUCCGAAGUAUACCUCAAAGACCUCAAUGCCCAGGAACGCCAGCUUUUUGCUCAGGCCAAAGAUAAAGAGAUUCAGUGUUGGUUACAGACUUCUGCCAUCAAAGCUGUUCUAAGGUUAGUGGUGUUAGGCUACCAAGAUCCAAAGCUGGUUGAGGUCAUGCGGGACGCGCCCACGCUUUCCCGCGAAGGGCGUGCUGUGGUCUUACAAUCCGUGGACGACGGUGUUGGAGGGGGAGACACGAAGUUCAAUGCAAAACUACAGGAGCUGGAAAAGAAACUCCCUUUUGGAAGUAGAAAGUAUCGUGACUUUGUCUUUACGGGGAUUCACCUUCAACAGCUUCCCGACUUUUCCAUAAGAGCGUCCCAAAGUAGUUAUGUGCGCAACAUUCCUCAGAUCGACAUUGGUCGUCCUCGGCGUAUGACUCCAGAAGCUCAGAUCAAUGAGUCUGAGCGAUCCAAGCUACGUGGUCUUGUGGGCAGUCUUCAGUAUGCGGUCACGCAUACUCGACCUGAUAUCGCCGCGAAACUAGGUGAAGUCCAGAGCCAGAUCACGCAAGCUACCGUGCAGACUCUCCUGUUGGCCAAUAAGGUCUUGCGGGAAGCCCAGGAGCAUCAUGCGGUAUGCAUUUACUUCUUACCCAUCACACCGAGUGAGCUCACAUUUGUCUCCUUUGGCGAUGUUGGCCAUGCCAUCAUGCGAAGAAUACAGGACCACAUUAGAGGAUACAUUGGACAUGCACGCUCUGUGGCCACGAAGGUCCACAAGGUGCGGGAGGGUCAGGGCUUAGCUUACCGCUGGGCGGCACAUGGGACUUUGAGAGCUGGCGGCAAAAGGGGGCAAUCCUUGCAGAGUACAGGGUACUUGAUCUCCUUUAUUCUGGCGAUAUUCAUCACUGUUGCAGGGCAGCAGUUAUCUUUCAUCUUCAGAUUGCAGGGCAAUCUAACGGAACUUUCAGUUCCAUCAGGCUUCGGGGAAGCCCUUGAUCUACCAGUGGGAAUUCUUGAUUGA